AUGAUCCGAUCAUCAGCAGUGCUCACUCUUUUGGCAGUCAUUGCCAGCGCCUCGAGCACACAAGCCAUUGACUGGACAUUCUGGCACGAUGACGACGACUCGACCGAUUCAGUCGUGGAGCCUGGGACGUUAUCACCUGCAACUCUUGCGAGCAUGAUGGGACUUGACUACAUGGACCGCGUCAAGUCGAUGAUUUCGUCCGGGCACGUGUCGGGAUCUUCCGACAAGUCCCCGGCCAUAACUGCUCCUUCUACCGACUCUUCCGAUUCCUCCGAUUCUUCUUUGUCGAUUGACACCCCACGUCCACCUCGGAGGUCUUCAAAGUCGACCUUUGCAAAUCUGGCAAUGCCGAAGGAGAGCGCUAUCGCGACACCUUCGACGGCCGUUAGCACGUUUCGAUCCACACAUCGCAAUUGGGUCGGCACGUGGCAUCAAUCUGCGGACUCGGCCUGUUACCGAGAAGCGCACUUUAUGAAAACCUGUCCGAGCAACUACGACCGCAGCAAACUGACGGACACGUGCUGGAGCGAGUGUCCGAUGGAGUACCCUAUCGAGUGCGGCAUGCAGUGCAUCCAGCAAAACAAUGACUGCGGACGGGAAGAUGUCGCCAAGAUAUCAGCUGUCGCCAUGUCCACGUUGAGCAUGGCGACGUUCGGCGUGUUUGGCGGGCUCGCAAAGAUGGGCAAAAAGGUCGGGUGGGCCGUCCGGUGCGCCAACAUGUUGAUGACCGCAACGAGAGCGAUCAUUCGGUUCACGCGGAACCAAAUGGUACUGGACCCCCAAACAUCUCAGGAGAAGCUGCUGCUGUUGCUGUACCAGACGAAUUGGGUUGCCGCCGACUUACCUGCAACCAUAUACGCCUGCAUGGGCAAGACAGUGCCCCCGACCCUGCAAGCAGCUCGAGGUCUACUGCCCACUAUGCAGUACGUACUUCUGCUGGUGCUUGGGUAUGGUGAUGAUAUCAUGUCGACUUGGGGCAAAUUCAAGGCUUUCAUGACGCGGGCCAACUUCACGGAAGCUGCUAGUAAAAUCACAAAGGGUGAGAUCUCGAGCUUGGAAACCGCGAUGAAGUCGGACGCAACGUGUAGCGAAGACUUGCGGUCAGCACUGAACCUCGUGUGGAUGACGGUGAACGAGUACCGAGAGAAAGAUCCUGGCAUCAGUGAAGCCGACAUUCGCCUUAAGAUUAGUCAGUCGGACCUCAUCUUGUACGACAUUCCGAUUAUCACCAACAACUGCAUGAGCCGAAUGAUUUCCGAGUCGACGGUGGACACUGCGUACAAAACGCGGGAGACGCUUCGCAAAACCUUUGGGGUUGUAGUCAAUGACCUCAUCAAGGAUGGCAAGAGCGACAACGGAACGUCGAUGGCGGCAAAACACAAUGCUUACGUGUUGCUGGACGACGCGCUUACCAUGGCAUCAGUCACUGGGCUAGAACCCACCGACUUGUCAACCUUAGCUUCGGAGUUUCUUCAGACUAUCUGCGGUCCAACGCAGUUUAUGGGUGAAAUCGACGAUGGCAAAGACGACGCCACUCUCGGUAUGAACGCGCUGAAGAAGGCCUUCAAGAACACCACGAGUUCUUGGACCAGGAAGGGUGACGGCAACGUCAUUAUUAAUUUCACGAGCAAGGAUACCAAAGAUGUCACGGUGAACAUCAGGUCUGGCGGUGACAAAGUUGACGAAGUAGGUCUGCGAGCUGGCGGGACGGCUCGAUGGACGUCAACUGUCAAAGAGUUGGGUGGUAAGACUUUAUAUUUGGACCGCUGGCGUCCUGGGUUCUUGGGCCUUCCUGGCACAGGAGGUGGUUCACUGGUACUUUGGGUGCCCAUUUCACGUGACGGAGGCCACUUGGAGAUCAACGCUGAGUUGAACGGUAACUAG